AUGCACUUACUUUUCUCAUUCAGAGAAUCAUCCAAAGAUGUUCGCUUGCUAUGGAUCUCCGUUUUCCUAAGAAUGGCAAGCUUUGGUUUGACCAACCAAGUUCUAACAUUAUUCUUGAAAUCCCUCGAUGUGUCCGAAACUAAUAUUGGUUUAUUUAUGACGCUAACCUUGGUUGGCGAUACUAUUAUAUCCUAUUUGCUCACUUGGCAUGCCGACAAAAUUGGCCGGAGGUUGGUGAUGAUAAUCGGAGCGUUGAUGAUGUUCGUAUCGGGUGCUGUUUUUCUGGUGAGCUCGCACUUCGUAGUGUUAUUGAUAGCUGCAAUUUUGGGGGUUAUUUCUCCCUCUGGUGAUGAAACUGGCCCUUUUAAGUCUGUAGAAGAGGCAUCCAUUGCUCAUCUAACCCCCCAUGUACAUAGACCAGAAGUUUUCGCGUUCUACGGUUUGUUCGCAACGGCCGGAGCUGCCAUCGGAUCACUUAUCAGUGGUGUUACGGUAGACUAUUGCCACUUACAAUUGGAAUGGGACUUAAAUCAAUGCUAUAGAGCAGUCUUUAUGGUUUAUACUAUUAUUGCCCUUUUGAAAUUUGGUGUUAUGUUGUUCCUUUCGGUAAACUGUGAAGUCCAGUUCAAUAGCAAUGACUCAAUUAAUUCUGCUCUGGCUCCAACCACAGAGACCUCUUCCCUAUUGGAUGAUAGUGAUAUACAAGAAGACUUGACUCAAGAAGUCCACAAUGAAAAUACUUUUGGCCUAUUGGGAUUGUCUGGACUUUCCUCGACUGCCAGAUUUUAUCUUCCGAAGUUUUUGGUGAUAUUUAUGUUAGACUCUAUGGGGUACGGUUUCAUGCCAUCUGCUUGGGUUGUUUAUUAUUUUAAAAUGGCAUUUGCAAUUUCCGCUACCGGCUUGGGUACGUUAUUCUUUUUCACUAAUGCUAUAGACUCAGCUUCCUCAUUGCCCUCAGCGUACUUGGCAAAAACUUUGGGUCCAACUAGAGCUAUGGUGUUCACGCAAGCUCCGUCGGCCGUGUUUUUCAUAUUAAUCUCAAUAUCAUCAAAUUAUAUUGUUGCUUCCACAUUAUUAAUAUUGCAUUGUGCAACAUCCACUAUGGACGUUGUGCCAAGGCAAGUUUUACUCACUUCCGUUAUGCCACUGACGGAUUUGACUAAAGUCAUGGGUAUCGUAAAUGUUGCAAAGACUUUUGCAAGAUGCAUAGGUCCUGUCUUUACUGGAAAACUCGCAGAACAUAAUCACUUAUACGUUGGAUUUUUGAUUAAUGGGAUAUGUAUCUUGACCGCAGAUCUACUUUUGGGUAUAAACUUCUUCCACUUGGAUAAAGACAUCUUACGCAAACAAAGUGUUUUAAUAUAG